GGUUUGCUUUUUUUUAUAUUCUUUUUACGUAACAAAAUUUAGGUUUAUAUCCUUCUUGGUUACAGUUGGCUAUUCUUUCCGAUUAUAUAUAUAUUGUUUAUACAAAUUUGUAACCUUUCGUCUUUCUUGUUCUCGCAUUUUAAACAAAAUUCGAAGAGACUGUUCGCUUCUACAUUUUCAUGUUCAGUCCGCCCAAUCCAACGUUACGAACCUCGCUGCAUACUGUUCUUGAGAACCCGCACCACUAUCUCGCUGAUGUCACUUUUCACUUUUCUUCAGGCGCCCUCGGCGCUCAUCGCGCUAUCCUGUUGGCACGCACCCCCGAAACAUUUCGCAAACGAUAUCUACCCGAGCUGACCAAUAACAGUCAAUCGACGUCGUCAGUGCUACAGAUUGAUCUGAGUGCCAUCUUCUCGAAACCUCUGUUUGCUGCGUUGCUCCGAUUUUGGUACACUGCAGACUGGCUGCCUUUGUCGUUGACGGCGUCUCCCGACAAAGAGAACCCAACAUCAACGUUAUGUGAUCCUUCCGCAUCGAUCAUGGCCGAACUCAAUGCCUUGGAGUUAAGAUUAGGCAUGCCGCUUUUUCCACGCCCUGGCGAUAACCAGAGCGACUACGAUCAAUUACUGCAUGACCUGACACAGAUGAGGAGUCAUCACUUGGCAACCGAUGUACUCAUUACCGUAGUGCCGCACGAUACCGAUUUACAAGACACAGCCGAUUCGUCCGACACAGCCAAUUCAUCCGACGCAGCCAAUUUAUCAGGCACGGCACCGCAACCAUUCCGUGAUCAUUCUUCCCUGUUAUCGCUUCCCCGAGACGUUGCUACACCAGCGGGGAUUCUUCGUUCAUCAUCAUCGUACAAUCAGCUCGGUGAUACAUCGUUCUUGUCAUCGUCGUCCACGAUCGUAUCAUUUCCUGCGCAUCGAUUUCUUCUCGCCGCUCAAUCCACCUACUUUUACGCUCUCUUUUGCAGUGAUUUCAGCGAAGCGACCUGUGCCGAAGUUCGUUUGACGGAUGAUCUAUUUUCACCAGUGGUACUGGAUGUUAUCUUGCAUUACCUUUAUACCGAUUCCAUCCAUGUCACACCAUCGCCUACCACGGCCCGUUUGACCGGCGCCACCCAACGCCGUCUGUCACACAAAAAACACAUUCUCCGUGUAUUGCAAAAGGUAUUUUUCGCCGCCGACUAUCUUGCCCACUUUGAUACCAUCAGCGUCGCGGCACUAUGCACCAUGGCAGCCACAUGUCAUCAAUUUAAAUGCACCUGUGGCGAUUGCGCCGCGUUAUUGCCGUCCAUGCUGUCGUUUGCUGACAAUAACGUCAACUCUAUCCCUUCCAUGCGACCUUUACUCAUCAGUCACUAUUCGGAUCCCGUCCACUCCAUUGCUUCGUUGUGGGCCCAGAAACCUUUUGCCAUCCUGAUUAGCAGUAUCGCCACCGAGAAUUCCGCUUCCUCCACCUUGGCUUUGACCCAGGAAUCAGACACCGUGAUCAAGAAAAUCUCGGAUCUCACUCUGCAUAACGUGACAAAACACAAUGCAAUUCAUGUGUUACAUUCCCUCCAUUUAUGUCUGUCUCAACUUCGAGGUGCGGAUCCCAUUCCCAGCUGGUCGCUUCCCACCCUUGAUCUGCUGGAUCCUAUUCUACACCACGCCGUUAUGAUGGUAUCGCAGCAUUUCGAUUUUUACUGUGUAGAAUACCCCAUUUUACUGUCAUGCGUCGACGGGAUUGGAUUCGGAUUUUCCAUUGAUUUUCUUGAUUUUCUUCUCAAGCGGGUCUUGGAAGAAGGCAUUCACGACAUCAAUGCUGGCAUUAUCUAUCAGGGCAUAGUUCGGGAUCUAGUAGGACGUCAAGAAGUGGUGAAAAACGUCGCGUUGGACGGCGUGCUUUUGGAAGCCCGUUCCAAAUGCGCUUCCUACCUCUGUCGUCGCUGGCUCAGUGUAAAAACGCAAGGCGGAUUCAGUACCAUUGACAAAGACGUCAUGCGUCAAAUGGCCAUAGAUACUGGUAUUCCUUAUAGAACGUUGAGUAAACCUUUUGAUUCCGACUUUUCAACCAUUUUCAGCUUCAAACCCAAAGCCGCUAAAACGGCUUUGAGAUCCAAAAUGUCGGAAGUCGAGACGGGGGGUGCAGCUAUAUUGAAAGCGUAUGGUGGCGGCGGCCACCAUCACCCUUCACCGCGCCGACUGUCUCUUGGAAGUUUGAAACCUCAACGUUCCAGCGGCGCGCUUCAGCCACUGGCACGGACGAGCUCCACUCAGCCGUCACGAUCGAUGACUCGUCCUCGUUCCCGAUCCACCGAAUCCGCACUUGAACAUGCUCUUCCCAGUACGGGAUCCUAUGUCGCUAAAUCGUCGGUGGAUGCCUUGUCUUCUCAGCCAUUGAUUCAUCUACUGUCGCUGGAAACCGAAGCACGAUUGUACAAACAAGAACGAUCCAAAUCUGUACCGCCGGAAGUAUUAUCUUCCUCGGUAUCUGCCAAAGAAUCGCUUUCUUCGCUUGUGGAAGCCUUGUUACCCUUGGAUCCCCCGAUCAUGUCCAAGACUUUGCCGUCCAAACCUACCACAGCACGUUCAUUGAACGCAGCCGAUACCACCACACAUGAUACCACGCCGCGACCAUCGCGACUAAAAUUUGCCCUUCCAGCUACUCCCCUUCGCGCGGUUAAAUCGCCCUACAUUGCUACCAACGGUGUGGCAAGCCAAGUGUCUUCCUCUGGACGGAAAUCCGGAAAACCGUCUCGCCGAUCAAGAUGGAAUAUCGGUAGUGGCAGUGAUGUCAGUGAUGACGACGAACCUACCAUGGUGACCCCGGUGAUCGGAGCCAAGGUUGAGUUACUACGCCGCCCGCUCCCCACGCUCGGUGUAAUCAAAUACAUUGGCCCUGUGAACUUUGCAAAGGGUACAUGGGUCGGCGUCGAACUUGAAAGUCGAUUGGGUAAAAGUGACGGUUCUACCAACGGUGUGCGCUACUUUUACACGGAUCAACAACGGGGUGUGUUUGUCAAACCCGACGAUUUCAGGAUCCUUUCUUUGCCACUCAGAGCCUAAAUACCGUUCUUCAUUUACUUUUGUCAACACUUGUUCAAUUUUUUUCCUCUUGUACCAUCAUCAUCGGCAUUUUUUUUU